GGAGGACAAAUCCCCGCAGCAGAACCUCGUGGGAGAGGCUGUUUGGAGCAGCUCCACGGCACAGGAAUCCAGUGGGGAGGAAAAUCCCCGGAGAUCCCUCAGGAGGAGGGGCUGCAAAGGCAGAUCAGGGGGAUGUGAGGAGGAAAGACCCACCCUGUGCCGGGAAGGCGGCCGGAGAUGGAGCCAGAGCUCAGAGCUGGUGGAGCAUGAGCAGCAUCCUGAUGGGGAGAAGCCCCACAAGUGCUCAGAGUGUGAGAAGAGCUUCAGCCAGAGGUUCAGCCUGAUCAGGCACCAGAGGAUCCACACUGGGGAGAGGCCCCACGAGUGUGAGGAAUGUGGGAUGAGCUUCAGCUUGAGGGAAUACCUGAUCUGCCACCAGAGGAUCCACACCGGGGAACGACCUUACGAGUGUGGGGAAUGUGGGAAGAGAUUCUGCAGGAGCUCCCACCUGAUUUGUCACCAGAGGAUCCACACUGGGGAACGGCCCUUCGAGUGUGAGGAAUGUGGGAAGAGCUUCAGGCAGCGUAGCCACCUGAUCCUCCACCAAAAGAUCCAGACUGGGGAGAGGCCCUACGAGUGUUCCGAGUGUGGGAAGGGGUUUCGGAUCAGCACCCAGCUCCUGCUGCAUCAGCAGACACACACAGAGGAUUGGCCCUUCCACUGCCCCGACUGUGGGAAGGGGUUCACGCACAACUCCACUCUCAUCAUCCACCGGCGCAUCCACACUGGGGAGAGGCCCUACGAGUGUGAUAAAUGCAGGAAGAGGUUUCAGACCAGCUCCAGUCUCCUCCGGCACCAGCGGAUUCACACAGAGGAGAGGCCCUUCCGCUGCCCCGACUGCGGGAAGGGGUUCAAGCAGAACUGCACCCUCAUCACCCACCGGCGCAUCCACACCAGGGAGAGGCCCUACGAAUGUCCCCAGUGUGGGAAGAGCUUCUCCCGGAGCUCUCACUUGACCAAACAUGAGCAGCUUCCUGAUGGGGAGAAGCCCCACAAGUGCUUUGGGUGUACAAAGAGCUUCAUCUGGCGGUGCCACCUGCUCCGCCACCAGAGGAUCCACACAGACGAACGGCCCUACCAGUGUGGGGAGUGUGGGAAGAGCUUCAGGAAGAGCUCCCAGCUGACUGCCCACCAGAGGAUCCACACUGGGGAACGACCCUACGAGUGUGGGGAAUGUGGGAAGAGGUUUCAGAACAGCUCCAGCCUGAUCCGGCACCGUCACAUCCACACUGGGGAGAGGCCCCAUGGAUGUGGGGAGUGUGGGAAGAGCUUCAGGCAGCGCUCCCACCUGAUCCGUCACCAGAAGAUCCACUCGGGGGAGAGACCCUACGAGUGUGAGGAAUGUGGGAAGAGCUUCAGGCAGAGAAGUGACCUAAACUUCCACCAAAAGAUCCACACUGGGGAGAGGCCCUACAAGUGUUCUGAGUGUGGGAAGGGGUUUCUGACCAGCACAAGGCUCCUCAUACAUCAGCAGACACACACAGCAGAGAGGCCCUUCCACUGCCCCAAGUGCGAGAGGGGCUUCAAGAGGAAAUCCACCCUGACAAGCCACCAGUGCCUCCGCAGCACUGGGGAAAGGCCCCACAAGUGUGAGGAAUGUGGGAAGAGCUUCAGUCAGAGGAAACAGCUGAUCCAGUACCAGAACAUCCACACUGGGGAAAGGCCGUACAAGUGUCAGCUAUGUGGGAAGGGCUUCAGGCAGCUUGCCCACCUGAUCCGCCACCAAAUUAAUCACACAGGGGAGAGGCCCUACGAGUGUGAUAAAUGCAGGAAGAGGUUUCAGACCAGCUCCAGUCUCCUCGUGCAUCAGCGCAUUCACACAGAGGAGAGGCCCUUCCGCUGCCCCGACUGCGGGAAGGGCUUCAAGGAGAACUCAACCCUCAUCAAGCACCGGCGCAUCCACACCGGGGAGAGACCCUACAAGUGUGAGGAAUGUGGAAAGAGCUUCUCUCAGAGCUCUAACUUGACCAGACAUCAACGGAUCCACACUGGGGAACGACCCUACGAGUGUGGGGAAUGUGGGAAGAGUUUCAGCCAGAGGUCUGUCCUGAUGUGCCACCAGAGGAUCCACACCGGGGAACGACCCUACCCAUGUGCGGAAUGUGGGAAGAGCUUCAGGAACAGCAACCAACUGGUCCAGCACAAGAGGAUCCACACUGGGGAGAGACCCUAUGAAUGUGGGGAAUGCGGAAAGAGGUUUCAGAACAGUGCCCACCUGCUCUGUCACCAGAUGAUCCACACUGGUGAGAGACCCUACCAGUGUGGGGAAUGUAGGAAGAGCUUCAAGACGAGCUCCGAACUGAUAAAGCACCAGAUGAUCCACAGUGGGGAGAGGCCCUACGAGUGUCGGGAAUGUGGGAAAUGCUUCAGGCAGAGCUCUGCCCUGAGUGCCCACCAGAGGAUCCACACUGGAGAGAGGCCCUACGAGUGUGAUAAAUGCAGGAAGAGGUUUCAGACCAGCUCCGAUCUCCUUAGGCAUCAGCGGAUUCACACAGAGGAGAGGCCCUUCCGCUGCCCCGACUGCGGGAAGGGCUUCAAGAGGAACUGCACACUCAGCAGGCACCGGCGCAUCCACACUGGGGAGAGGCCCUACGAGUGUGGGGAAUGCGGGAAGAGGUUUCAGCUCAGCUCCAGUCUCCUCGUGCACCAGCGCACGCACACGGAGGAGAGGCCCUUCCGCUGCCCCGACUGCGGGAAGGGCUUCAAGCAAAACUCCACUCUCAUGAAGCACCGGCGCAUCCACACCGGGGAGAGACCCUACAAGUGUGAGGAAUGUGGGAUGAGCUUCAGCCAGAGCUCCAACCUGAUCUGCCAUCAGAGGACCCACACUGGAGAACGGCCCUACGAGUGUGCAGAGUGUGGGAAGAGCUUCAGACAGAGCUCCAACCUGAUCCAGCACCAGAACAUCCACACUGGGGAAAGGCCGUAUGAGUGUAGGGAAUGUGGGAAGGGCUUCAAGCAAAGCGCCAACCUGAUUGUCCACCAAAAAAUCCACACUGGGGAGAAGCCCUAUGAGUGUUCCGAGUGUGGGAAGAGGUUUUCCACCAGUUCCCAUCUCCUCCUGCACCAGCAGAUUCACACAGAGGAGAGGCCCUUCCACUGCCCUGACUGUGGGAAGGGCUUCACACAGAACUGCACCCUCAUCAUCCACCGGCGCAUCCACACUGGGGAAAGGCCAUUCAAGUGUCCAAAGUGUGGGAAGAGCUUCUCCAGGAGCUCAAGCUUGACCAGACACCAACAGAGCCACCAGUAAGGGAAGGCCCUGCAAGUGCCCCUAGUGCAGGAAGAGCUUCAUGUGCUGCUCAGCUCCAUCCCCCCCACUGCAGGACUCAAGUUGGGCAGAGCCCUGGUGACCCACAUUCCCUAUAAUUCAUAGGAUGGGAAGACACCUGGCUGGUUAUCCUUUUGUUUUUGCCUUCAUUUUUUUCUCUUCUCCCUCUCUUUGCACUCAAGAAUCCAAGAGGGAUCCAUAUGUCACCUCAAAACUGCUGCA